AUGAAGGAUUGGACUGUGCGUGCAGCAAAAAGGACUCAAAAUUCCAUCACAUUCUUGCUUCCGUGUACAUGCAAGCACAAUAGGCCUACGCCCAGUAUAUGAAGACUCCAAACGACAACUUCUGUGGUGCUUGCGAUGACAGUACAAAAUGUCACUCUUCGUCAUCAGAACCAUCUUAUGGAUUCUACUCAGCAGGGAUGUUGUACUGAUGGUCGGAGGUAUCAACAUCCCACCCUUCUCGCAAAUAAAUCUACAACAGGCUACCACGGAGUCAGCUGAGAUGGCAGCCACUACGCCGGCCUCCACGCCUUACGGGCCAAUGCCUUUCGAUCUGGCCGGUCAAGAAAGGCUCACACAGCUGCACAACACUGAGAGAUCCGCGGUAGACCCACCAGCUGCUGAUAUGAACAAAGUGGUGUGGAGCACUGAUCUUGCCGACGCAGUUGCCUCUAAUCUAGACUCCUGCAUUUACCGACUUGCUGACGCUCAAGCCGUUUCCAGAAAUCGCUGGUUGGUUGAAAUGGGGUUCUACGAUGACAUCAAUGACACCCUCGUUAGCGAUACACUGACUCAGUGGUAUGCCUAUGGAGAAUUAUACGAGUACCACCAGAAGUCCUGCACUGGAACUUCAGAAUCAGAAUGCAGCAUCUACAAACUGCUUACCUGGUCUUCGAUGUCAGCACUGGGCUGCUCCCAGCAUUAUUGCGAAACUCUUACUGACUACUACACCCAAGAGACGAUGAACGACACGCUUUACUGGAAAUGCCUUUACGACAACAUUGGGCACUUCACUAAUCCAGCUGUGAGACCAUACACCAACGGCACAGUCAACGACACCUGCACGCAAUGUGAGUCUGGUUCCAGCUGGUGCGAGAACGGACUCUGCAAUAGUGGAUGUGACAUACAGAAUGCCAACUGCUCAUGCGCACUGGAUCCACUUUGUAGCGGGAACGGAGCAUUCAACGAAACAGCAUGUGACUGCAAUUGCACUGGCUACUGGGUGGGGAACAGCUGUGGCCAAUGUGGCUUAACAUGUCAGGCAAAUUCAAAUCUGAAUCGGGAUCUGUGCCAGUGCGACUGUCUAGAGGGCUUCCUCUUAAACUCGACGACUACGAAUUGUGAAGAUUCGAGGUAUUCUUCGUUUCCGAGUGGUAGCACAACGGAACCAUCGGCAACGAUCGGCACGAUCACAACAGACUCCGCUCCAGUGUGUGGUAUGGAUAUCAUUUGCAAUGGUAGCGGCGUUCUGGACCCUCAGACAUGCGAAUGCUAUUGUGCUUCUGGUUACAAAGGCAGUGACUGCAAUGAGCAGUGUUCGUUAACAGAUACAGAAUGCUGGUCAGGAUAUAGGAAGCCGCCGGUUCUUAUCGAUGCCGACUUCUGUCCAGUAUACUGCUUGCAGUGUGCGUGUGAUCCGUCCGAAGGUAAUUGUGAAAACAAUGGCACUUACUCCAAGGUUCCUGGCUAUGAGCUGCAGUACGGUAUGUGUCGAUGCUACUGCCCCUUCCCUUGGAGUGGACUGACAUGUCAAGAGUGUAACGCUUCUUGUUACAAUGGAGGAACUUUGGACAACAGUACCUGUACAUGCACAUGCCCAGCUGGAUUCAGGCCACCCAAUUGUUUGGCAGAAUGCAAGCCUGAUGUAUCUCGAUGGUGUACCAGCAGAAUGGCGCCUUACUGUGACCGGGUACCAGUCAUCCGUGAAAACUGUCUCGUUAUGUGUGGAAUAUGUGCUUUGUAAAUGUCUAGUCUUAGGCGUUUCUUUUUUCUUAGGUUCUCCUUUUCGACCGAUCAUAUUUUGGAUUCCCGACCCAAGGCAAAGCAAGAACCGUUUUUUAUCACCGCCUUCACUGUCUGGGAAACUCCCCCCCCCCCCCCCAACCCAAAAAUAAAUAAAAUUAUUCGAUCAAGACAAAGUAAUGCCAAGUUCAGGCAAUUGAUUUAUUCGAAGCACGGCGUAUAGCAACAAAUAAAAACCACGAGACUUUGUACUUACCCGAGAACUGCUGCCCCGUAUUUUCUUGAGCGUGUUUGAUAAGUCAAGUUAGUCUAUUAUAUUCGUUUGAAUUUAAAUCAUAAACAUUUUAUAGAGGGCCUGUCCUUUGGGUUUUAAAAGACUUUAUUCAGAGGCGAAUUAAUUCAUUUACAUGUUUAAAUUUAAAUAGUAAUGAAUUUUAGCAGUGGUAAUAAUUCAAUUAUUAGUUUCAUAUAGACGCAUCACUGCAUUUUGGUGUAAAAAGGCUGUGUAAUCAACAUAAAGGGUCUAAAAAUUAAAUUGUUUGGUUACAAUUUUCAAA